AUGGUAAAAGUCUUCUUCUGGAACUUUAUCUCUGCAGCUUCAACUGGACAGGUGACUGGUGACCAUGGAGUCUAUGCCAAAAUGGCAGACUCUGCUCCUGUACAUUUGGCUGAAAGUGCGCUUAUAUCACUGCAAGAAGUUACAGGAUUACCAUGGUGGGCCAGCAUUUUAUGUACAACUGUUGUGCUCAGGACAGCGGUAACCCUCCCUCUGUCCAUAUAUCAGAUGAACAUUUUAGCCAAGGUGGAAAAUUUGCAGUCAGAGAUUGCAAGUUUAGCAAAACAGCUUCAUUAUGAGGUAUCUGUCUAUGGAAAACAGCAAGGAUGGAGUGAAAAAGAUUCCAAAUUUCAUUUUCGCAAAAACAUGAAAAGAAUAGUAACUGAUCUAUAUGUUCGGGAUAACUGUCAUCCCUUUAAAGCCAGCCUGAUUAUGUGGAUCCAAAUCCCCAUGUGGAUAUUUGUGUCUGUAGCUCUGAGGAAUUUCAGCUUUUGCACGAGUGGAUCCACCACAGGGAUGAUGCUUCACAAGCAACUACAGGAAGGAGGAGCACUCUGGUUUCCAGAUCUCACAGUUCCAGAUUCUACUUGGAUCCUCCCAAUAUCUUUGGGUUUAAUCAACUUGCUGAUUGUAGAGAUGUUUGCUCUUCGUAAGAUUGAGUUGUCUAAAUUUCACAGAUACAUAACCAACCUUAUUCGGACAGUGUCUAUUGUGAUGAUCCCUAUUGCUGCCACUGUUCCUUCGUGUAUGGCCCUAUAUUGGGUGUCCUCCAGCACGGUAGGUCUAACUCAUAAUUUGCUGCUAAGAUCGCCAACCGUACGACGCCUCCUCCGGGUUCCAAGGACCACGGCUGACUCUGACACUCCUUACAAAGACUUAACGUCAGCAUUUAUAACAAAGUACUUUAAUAGAAAAUAGUUCAUGUGAUGUACAUUGCCUUUGUUUCUUG